AAAGACCCCCCCUCCCAAUUCGUCAAAGAAAGACUCGACUUUGUAAAGAUUGAAGAAAAAACCCUGCCAGAGCAGAAUCACUGUUUCACACAUCACCAUCAUCAUCAUCUUCUUCUUCCCCAUUUAUGGUCAAUAUUCCACAACAUUUCAGCAUCAACUGAACUAUUCAGUUUCCCAAUUGGGUCCACCCCCCAUCUCUCUGUUCUGAUUUCUUGCCAAUUCAGCUCAACACCAAAAACCCAAUAAACCCAAUUCACUAAACCUCCCAAAGAUUCAAACUUUCAUAUUCUCCCUCACUAAAGAUUCAAACUUUCAUACUCUCCCUCAGUAAAGAUUCAACCUUUAACACUUUCUGCAUCAACCCAUGUCGUUAGUUCCAUAUUCCGACCCGAAUUCGGAGCCGGACUCAUCCAACCCUGCAUGGCAGGACAUGUUCCGAUCAGCUUCAAACCGGAAAUCUACACCGGACCCUCACGUGCCUCACGCGCCGCCGUCGCCGGCUCCGGACCCGCCGAAACCGGCCGGCCCAGAUCACAAAACUGGCCCGACCGGCGAUCCCCAGGUACGGCUAGCCCUGUACAUAACCAUGGCGCAUGCUGGUCUGGCCUUCACCAUUUUUAUAUUCUAUGCUGUGGGUAAGCUUUUAGAGGAGUACUUGAGGCCUAUUCAGUGGGCUGUGUUGUGUUCAAUUCCUUUGAGAGGUAUUCAGCAAGCCCUUGUGGGGUUUUGGUCUGAGCCAUUGAGGCUUGGGCUGACUGAGACUGUUUUGGCUGUUCCUGUUGCGAUUUUCCGGGUUUUUGUGGGUACCCUUGUGGAGGUUAGGGAGAUUUGUUUGAGGGUGUUCCUCCGGAAGCCGAAAUCGGAGCACCGGAGGAGGCACCAGAGUGAGUUUUCUAAGCUGUUGAGGUGGUUGGUGUCGUUUUGGAUACUUAUACUUGCUUAUGAGAGGAUUGGUGGUGUUGGGUCUUUGGGGAUUGUUGGAUUAGGCUUUGUUUUUAAUGCUAAGGGUGUGGAUUCGACAAUGCGGACUGUGUCCUCUUUGAGGUGUAGUAGCUUUCGGCGCAGCCCCAUUAGUGCUUAUUUCACUAGGAGGGUGUUGAUUAGAUUGAAGACCAUUGUGGCAAUUGGGUUGAUUUUUGCUAUGAUUGUGGGGUUUUUGGUUGGUGUCACGUUUUUUUCAUAUAAGAUUGGAGUUGAGAGUAAGGACGCGGUGAUUUCGUUGAAGUUGCAUGUGGAAGAGAGUAAUUAUACUGAGAGGAUGGGUAUUAAGCAGUGGAUGGAUGAGAAUGAUGUUCCUGGAAUGAUGGAUAGGUACAGUUCCAAGUUGUAUGAGACAGUGUCUGAGCAGCUAGAUAGUUUGGCAAUGCAGUAUAAUAUGACAGAAUUUGCAACCGGGAUUAAGCAUUUUGCACUAAAACAGUCUGUUAAUUCUUCCGAGCCUUCAAAUGCUUUAGCUACUCCAUCACCAUACACAGAAAAGCUUGUGAGUUUGAGGAAUCGGAUCAGUAAAAGGGAAUGGGGAAAUAUUUACACAGAGGUUCAUGCAAUUGUCAAUGAAUUAGUAAUCACCAGGGAGGAUUUGGUUGAGAAGGCAAAAGGGUUUGCCAUGCGAGGAAUGGAUGUGUCACAGCGCGUGCUUGCCAGUAGUAGAUCAGUUGUUGGAGGCAGUGCAAAAAUUAUGUUUUCCAUUGGGAGUUCUAUUGUGUCCGGAGCAGCUGAGGUCUUCAAUUUCGUGUCUCAGUUGAUGGUAUUCUUCUGGGUAUUGUAUUAUCUGAUCACAUCCGAGUCUGGGGGAGUGACUGAACAAGCAAUGAGUAUGCUUCCAAUUUCAAAGUCUGCAAGGGUUAGAUGCGUUGAAGUUCUUGAUAAUGCCAUAUCUGGUGUUCUUUUGGCAACAGCAGAGAUUGCCAUUUUUCAAGGAUGUCUUACAUGGCUUUUAUUCAGACUAUUUAAGAUACACUUCUUGUACAUGUCCACUGUUCUUGCCAUCUUCAGCUCUGUGCUGCCAAUAUUCCCAUCUUGGUUUGCAACUAUUCCAGCAGCUCUUCAACUGCUGUUGGAAGGUAGAUACAUAGUAGCCAUCAUCUUGUCCAGUAGUCAUCUUGUGCUUAUGGAUUAUGGUUCAUCUGAAAUUCAGGAGGAUAUACCGGGUCAUAGUGAAUAUCUCACAGGACUUAGCAUCAUUGGUGGAAUGACAUUGUUUCCAUCUGCAUUGGAGGGUGCAAUUAUGGGCCCUCUCAUAACCACGGUUGUGAUUGCUCUCAAGGAUUUAUACGUGGAAUUUGUUCUGGAUGAACCCAAGGAUAAAGUUGUGUAGAAAGCCUGUUAUUCCCCAGCAGUUUUCAUUUAUUUAUUUGCACCUGCAGCUUAAUCUGAACUGCAAGUGCAUUAUUCUUUACCAGUUGGUUUUGAGUGCCUCUUUCUACUCCUAAGGUAUGCUAAUUCCUUGUAUCUUAAUUAAUAUCAUUUGAAUCACUAGUGAUUUAUUUUUCCAAUUUUUUCUGUAUAUCUAGAAGAGUGUAAGAUCUGUUUGGUGGCUCUGUGUAUCCUAUCAACACUUGAUGUGCAAUGAGAAAUUUGUAGAUUAUUCUUGUCGUGUUAGUAACAUGUGAUACAAAUUUAUUUA